AUGAACCCAAGCGGACAGGGCGAAUUGCCUGCGGGGGUGGCCGCCGCUGAAGAGAACAUGGAAGAGAAACAAAGAUCGGAACUGGGCAUUACCACGAAGCAGGAGAAGAACACUGAGCUACCGGCCAUCUCUGAGAAGCAGCCGGCCACACCUGUCCCUGAUACUCCCACGUCUCCUACUGCCAUCUCGCCGUCGUCACAGUCUGGCGAUUCAGAUAUCGGGGCCGGCCUCAACAAGUAUGAUUCGAAGAUCGUCCAGGUUCGUGAGGUGCCUGACGGUGACGCCGCGUUAGCACACCUACCGGAGAACGAGCGAGCCGUGUUGAAGCGACAGUUGUUUACUCCGGAUGUCAACGUCACCUACACGGCUCUAUAUCGCUACGCCACUGCGUGGGAUCUGGUCUUCAUUGUCAUCGCAGCCAUCUCAGCAAUUGGUGCAGGAGUGGUCCAACCGUUGAUGACGGUCGUUUUCGGAAACUUGAGUGGCACUUUUCAAGGCCUUAUUCUGGGAACCCUCUCAGGGUCGUUCAAUUCCACUUUGGACCGAUAUGUGCUAUAUUUCAUCUAUCUCGCCAUUGGCGAGUUCUGCCUGGUCUACAUCUCCACCGUUCUGUUCAUUUACACCGGCGAACACAUUACCGCAAAGGUUCGAGAACAAUACCUCAGGGCGAUCUUGCGGCAGAACAUUGGGUAUUUUGACAAACUAGGCGCCGGCGAAGUCACCACCCGUAUCACCUCGGACACCAACCUUAUCCAGGAAGGCAUCAGUGAGAAGGUGGGAUUGACGUUGACUGGUGUCGCUGCCUUCUUCUCCGCGUUCGUCAUCGGAUUCGUCAAAUUCUGGAAAUUGACCCUCAUCUGCAUGUCCACCGUUGUGGCGAUUGUGCUGAUCAUGGGCCUCGGGGGGCGGAAGAUGGCCGCAUGGAACAAGAAGUCUCUGGCCUCAUACGCCGUUGGAGGCUCCGUGGCCGAGGAAGUCCUCGCAUCGAUCCGCAACGCCGUUGCAUUUGGAACGCAGGAUAAAUUGGCAAAGCAGUACAACGUGCAUCUCCUUGAGGCCCGACGCUGGGGCAUUCGUAGCAAGAGUACCCUAGGCUGCAUGAUCGGGGCUCUGCUCUGCAUCAUCUUCUUGAACUACGGUCUGGCGUUCUGGAUGGGCUCGCGGUUUUUGGUCGGUGGCGAAACCAACCUCUCUCACAUUCUUACCAUCAUUCUAGCCGUCAUGAUUGGCGCUUUUUCCUUUGGCAACGUUGGGCCAAACAUCCAGCACUUUGCUGCCGGUGUCGCCGCUGCCGCAAAAAUCUACGCCACAAUAGACAGAGACUCUCCGCUGGAUCCGUUGUCUGAAGAAGGCGAGAGAUUGGACCACGUGGAGGGUACCGUCGAGCUGCGGCACAUCAAGCACAUCUACCCCUCGCGCCCAGAAGUCGUGGUGAUGGAAGAUGUCAGCCUCCUAAUUCCGGCGGGCAAAACCACCGCUCUUGUCGGCGCUUCCGGAUCUGGAAAGUCCACCAUUGUCGGACUAGUCGAGCGUUUCUACGACCCCGUAGGAGGUACAGUCCUACUGGAUGGCCACGAGAUCAACACGCUGAAUCUGCAUUGGCUGCGACAGCAAAUCUCAUUGGUGCAGCAAGAACCCAUUCUUUUCAGUCAGACCAUCAAAGAGAACAUAAGAAAUGGUCUCAUCGGUUCGAAAUAUGAGGCCGAAUCAGAAGAACAGCAGACGCAACGCAUCGUUGAAGCAGCCAAAAAGGCAAACGCUCACGACUUCAUCAUGUCACUUACGGAUGGUUACGAGACCCAUGUCGGCGAGCGUGGGUUCCUGCUCUCUGGAGGUCAAAAACAACGUGUUGCAAUAGCCAGAGCUAUUGUCAGUGAUCCAAAGAUCUUGUUGCUCGAUGAGGCUACAUCGGCCUUGGACACCAAGUCCGAAGGGGUCGUGCAACAUGCCCUGGAUGAGGCUGCCAAGGGCCGGACCACUAUUGUGAUCGCUCAUCGUCUUUCGACCAUCAAGACCGCAGACAAUAUUGUGGUGAUGCAGAACGGCCGAAUCAUCGAGCAAGGUACUCAUGACGAAUUGCUUGCACUUGGGAAGGCGUACUACAGCCUGGUGUCGGCGCAGCGCAUCACCAGCGAACACGAUGAUGAAGCGGCAAAAGAAACUGACACUAGUGAAGAAGGACUGACGAAGAUUCAAUCAUCGAGGUCCGGUAGCGCAGCAAUGGCCGCUCCUGAAGAUGUCAAACUGGCUCUGGGACGGACUAAGAGUCAAAAGUCCGUGUCCUCCAAGGUCCUCGCGGACAAGAAGUCGGAGACAGAAAACAAGUAUUCCCUGUUGACACUGGUCAAGUUCAUGUUAUCAUUCAACCGCACGGAAUGGCACAUCAUGUGUGUCGCACUGGUCUUCUCCUGCAUUGCAGGCGCUGCCCAACCGGUACAGGGGAUCUUCUUUGCCAAAUCCAUCGUUUCCCUAUCUCGACCGCUCAGUGAGCGACAUCAGAUCCGUCACGACGUCGACUUCUGGGCAUUGAUGUAUCUCAUGCUUGCAUUCGUGACUCUUCUGGCCAUGGUCACGCAAGGCACUCUCUUCGCAUAUUGCAGCGAAAGCCUGAUCCAGCGUGCUCGUGAUGGUGCCUUUAGAAGAUUUCUGAGACAAGACAUCUCAUUCUUCGAUGAAGACCAGAACUCAACCGGUGCUCUGACCUCGUUUCUGUCUACCGAGGCGACGCACCUGGCAUCGAUCUCUGGGGCGACAUUGGGGACACUGUUGAACUGCACCACAACGCUGGUGGUGGCAGUCGUGAUAGCCCUUGCCAUUGGCUGGAAGCUGGCACUGGUCUGUAUGUGCGCGUUACCGGUCAUUCUGGGAACUGGAUUUAUCAGGUUCUGGAUUCUAGCCAAAUUCUCUGCCAUUGCUCAGAAGUCCUACGAGAAGUCCGCCGGCUACGCUUGCGAACACACUAAUGCCAUCCGAACUGUGGCCUCUCUCACCACAGAGCGUCAGAUCUAUGCCGAGUAUCAGAACCAACUAAACACACAGCUACGCGCCUCUCUCAGAUCUAAUCUGCGCAACUCCUCGCUUUAUGCGGCCUCGCAGUCGGCAAUGUUCCUCGCCUUUGCGCUGGGCUUCUGGUACGGUGGAACACUCAUGGCUCGGGGCGAAUACACGAUGUUCCAGUUCUUCAUUGUAUUCUCGGAAAUCAUCUUUGGCGCGCAGUCGGCAGGGACGGUGUUUUCCUUCGCUGGAGACAUGUCGCACGCCAAAAAUGCAGCAGCCGCAUUGAAGACGUUGUACGAUCGCCAACCAACCAUCGACCCAUGGUCGGAGGAUGGUGAACAUAUCCAGCAAAUUCAUGGUAAUAUCGAGUUCAAAGAUGUUCAUUUUCGAUACCCAACACGCCCUGAAGUGCCGGUUCUUCGGGGUCUGAACCUGACGGUCAGACCGGGCCAAUAUGUUGCUCUUGUCGGAGCAUCCGGCUGCGGCAAAUCGACCACAAUCGCCCUGCUGGAACGAUUCUACGACCCACUCGCUGGGGGAGUUUACAUCGAUGGCAAGGCAAUUUCCUCACUCAAUCUCAACGACUACCGGUCACAUCUAGCACUGGUGUCGCAAGAACCGACGCUGUACCAAGGCACCAUCAAGGACAACGUUUUGCUUGGUGCGGACCGGGGGGCAGUCAGUGAUGAACGUGUCAUUCAGGCUUGCAAAGACGCCAACAUCUAUGAUUUCAUCAUGUCACUGCCGGACGGAUUCGCGACUGAUGUUGGUAGCAAAGCUGCCUUGCUGUCUGGUGGACAGAAACAGCGUAUUGCCAUUGCUCGUGCCCUGCUUCGCAACCCCAAAGUUCUUCUUCUAGAUGAAGCAACGUCUGCUUUAGACUCUGAGUCUGAAAAGGUGGUGCAGGCCGCCCUUGACGACGCUGCCAAGGGCAGAACGACCAUUGCUGUCGCUCAUCGACUCAGCACCAUACAGAAAGCUGACAUGAUUUACGUCUUUGAUAAAGGCGUUAUCGCGGAAUAUGGCACACAUAAUGAGCUGAUGGCUAUCCAUGGACGCUACCGAGAGUUGGUCAGUCUACAAAACUUGGAGAAGAGACAGUGA